AUGGCAAGCAAUCUACCGUUUAAUCCGAAGCAAGAACAGCUUUACAUGCUGGAGUUUCUUCUGGACUGUUUGAACGUAAAACCUGAAAGAGAACACGAAAUUGGAUCAACGUCAUUAUCUGUACAUUUUGAAUUUGCCGAUUUCGCACGAUUUGAGGUAAAACAAGAGGAAUUUGUGUUUUUAACGAGGCAGGUUGAAAAGACACCAACCUUACCAAUUGAUCAUAAGACCAAAAAUGGAUUAAUACAGUUUGGCGCUGGUAAAUCGUGCCUCUUCACUAAGCAACCUGCAGACCUAAUAAGAGCCCUAAAAUCACAGCCACUAAAAAUAAGCGUGCACCAUGUGUCCAAUAAACAAUCAUGUACAAAGAACGAAGAACCAACGAUUUGCGAAACGUUGGUUCCAUUAUCGGGAUGUCUUUGUGACCAAGUAGCAAUGAGCAUGAACGAUGCGAAUCAUUUACCCAGGCCGUAUGCAUUAAAGAACACGUACAAUCUCGUCGACCCUCAGGGCGAUCCGUUUGGCACAAUUUCCAUUUCCUUAAGACUCUCAUGCUUUGGGAAAUUCAUAAUGACACAAUUUGCGUUCCAAGAAAAGUCAUUCCUAUUCAAAACCCUCCGAUCGGCAAACGAGUUUCAGUGCACCCGCGUCCUUCCCGACGAGGAUGAAUUUAAAAAACUGGAACUCGCUAGGAACAAUAUCUGUAGACCUGACAGUCCGAUUUUCCAGGAACCCGAAAUUGAUCCUUUGCCAAAGCCACGAUCCGUCAUUGCAUUGUCUACAGUCUGUCAGGAGCUAGCAAGGAGAGACAGCGAGUCGGUUGAAAUGGUCUCACUGAUAAGAGUUUCGUCUGAAAAGAAAUCUGAUGACGCGGGCCCUCAGGAGAGCGAGGAAAAAAUAUCUCCGGAUUUGCACCUGACAAGCGACACAUGCAUUUAUUCUCCCGAAGGGAUGCAUUUCAGGCCUCUGAGAAGUGCACCAUGUGGCGGUGCAGUUUGUCCAGGUGGUAUUUGCGCCGGUAAAAAACUGCUCGAAAUAGUUCCUCCAGAUCAUUUAAACAAUGCAGCUGGGAAAUCCUGUAAUUCGGAAAGUCUUUCUAUUAGGAAUUCCCAAACUAUGGCAAAUUUCACGACUAUUUGCUGCUAUAGCGCAAGAAUGAGAGGCGGUGGUUGUUGCGACAAUAAUGAACCAGAUCAUCUUCCAAUCGGUGAAACCCGGAAUAAAUCUAAAACCACCGAAAGGGAAUCGAGACUCAUGGGCAGUAACGAGAUUUCAAAUCAGAGCCGCAUAAUACAAUCACUUCAUACUUUGCUCUCCGGUGCCUGUAAACCACCGUCCAAGGACGACAAACCAGGGUGCUGUUGUUUCGGAAAAACAGGAGCCGGUGCCAAGAAGCCAUGCAUGGGAAUCGACUGCUUGAUAAAAUCGUUCAAAGAGACGCAGAAAUUUGUCGAGGGCAUCGGCAAGGUGCCUGGAAUGGCAGGGCUGGGGCUGAUGGAUCCCUCCGAGAGUCCAUACUUUGGGAGAGCUCGAGAGGAAGGGCGAACCACGUGUAUGGAGAAGAACGUGGCCCAGCAAGUGCCGCCACCACCUUUGCCCGAUAAUUUGAGUUCGUCUCAUCCUACGGUUCACACUUUUCAGAGGAAGGUCCAGACCCCCGAGAAAGUCCCGGACACGGGAAUAAGCAACGCUCCUCAAGGUUUUGGAGGGUCUCCAAGCCUGUUCGCGGCACGUCCGGUGGUCUCGAAGGAGGUUCCUCCAACGCCAACUGCGAACGAGGUAACGCUCAUUCUUGCCGGCAAGGUAAAGAAGAAAGAGGAGAAGGUCGAAAGGCAGAAAGAGCACGAGACGAUCACCGCGCCGAUGACCAACGAGACCGGGCCCUGUGGAGAGCCAAAGUGCAAAUCCAGGCAGAAGAAGCCGGUGCACAAGGUCUCCAACGAAACCACCCAAUCGCAUAGACUAUCCGUGAUCAAGAAACCUGCCCAGCUGACAAAACCAUCCGUCCCUGGGAGAGGGUCCAAUAUAAAGAGCGAGAAGUUCCGUCAUCGGGCGAACAAGGGUAAGUCGAUCCCCUCAGGACCCGGAGGAGAUCGGAACGUGCUGGCCAAUUCGUUGAUCAAGGUGAGCAAGAGAGUGAUGAAGUCCGUCCACGAAAUGGCGCUAACGAACCCAGGGAUCUAUUACGGGCACAAGAAUUGUCUGGACCUUUACAUGCGGAUACCGGCCAACAUGGGCUGGCUUUGGAACACGGGCUUGGAAACGCACAGGCACUCUUUGGGCUGGAAACCAGGCGCCAUAUCAAGAUAUGUGUACGGACUUCUGAACGAGGCAAAAGCUGGCUCGGGUGCCUCCUCGGAGAGCAGACCUGCAACGCCCACCAAAGGAAAACGGGGGAAGGUGUUGAAGAGCAAAAGUUCCCACGCCCUGGGCCGGGCCAAAAAGAAGGAGGGCUCCAACGAGGAAAUUGAACAACCUCCUACGCUGCACAUUCACAGAAAGGACGGGACGUACUACGUUACCAUGUACCCCGUUCGGCAGAACAUGCUGGACAAUAAGGACUUGGAGCCUCCGAAGCCUCUGCAGUUCAAGAUUACCAAGAACAAGGACGACGUCUCUACGUGCUCCAGCUCGACGGCCUCGGACAUGGAGAUUGAAUUUUCACCACCCGCUGCCGUUCUGCACCGGAAGAAGACUCCCGAAAUCCGGGAUGUCGAUACGCAAGUCAAGCAACAGGAAAUUGUCGAUGCGCUCAAACAAAUUGCCGCCAAACCGGGGAAAGCUGCCGCAUCGAAACCCGACGUGGCAGGAAAGAAGGGUGGAGGCAAAAAAUAA